CAGAGGAAAAAAGAGAGGUUUUCCAUCCUCUGGUUCACACCCCCAAAUAGCUGCAAUAGCUGGAACUUGGCCAAUCCGAAGCCAGGAGCCAGGAGCUUCUUCUGAGUCUCCCUCACAAGUACAGGGGCCCAAGGACUUAGACCAUCUUCCACUGCUUUGCCAGGCCAUAACAGAGCUGGCUUGGAAGUGGAGCAGCUGGGACUCAAACCCGUGCCCAUGUGGGAUGCUGGCACUACAGGCAAUGGCUUUACCUGCUGUGCCACAGCACUGACCCCCUGCUACUCUUAAUAUUUUUCCUCCAUCAAUAUUUAGACUAUCCAAACUUCUGAAGCAAAAAAUUGGGACACACAGUCUUAAAGGUAGAUAAAAUGUUUGAAAUGGUAUUCUUGACAGCUCUAGGAGUUGCUCGUCUUACCUGUAGAAAACCUUGUUACUAAGCAAGGGCAGAUCAUUUCUAUUCAUUUAACAUUCUGUUUAACCUUGGGUCAAAGAGUUUGUGUUAAUGAGCUCAGGCCUUUCAUUCUAUAGGAAGACACUGAACUUAGGUCUGGCUGAUGUUUCCUCCUGACAGACUUCGGCUGAGCUGCUGGCAAGGUCACAACAAUGACACUGCCUUUCUCAGUGCCCAGGGCCACGCGUGAGGGCCACCUGUCCCACCCCCAGCUAACGUGAACUUUGAUCACCUGUUCAAGUCGCCUGUUUUCCUGUGUAUUUGGUUUGUAUUUUGGGAAGUGAUGUUCUGAUACCACUGCAAAUCAAUCUCCUUAUCAACUCACGUUCACUGACCUUUAGCAUCCAGUGGCAACUCUCACCUGUUUGAACCACCUCGAUGUAGUUUUUAAACAGGAAUUAGCUAUUUCUGCCACUCCUGUACAUUUAUUUUCAGUAGUUGUUUCUAUCAUAAGAAAGUGCUUUCUCUUCCUUUGUCUUUUAUUGAUUCAUUUAUAUUAGUAUGGGCUCAUGGAUUCCUGUUUUAUUCAGUGGGUUGUAAUUCUAAAUCCUCAUUUAUUUGCGAGCUCAAGAUAUCUUAGAUUUGACCAGUGAGUGCUUCCUCAAGCCGACUCCUUGACAGCACCAGGCUUAUCUUGUGCUUUGCUCCCUCUAUCUGAUACACCUCUCAUUUCUUUGUUGUGUCUAAUGGCAUUGACUGGUACCUCCAGGACCAUGUUAACAGCUGUGAUAAUAGGCAUCCUUUUCUUAGUCCUUAUAGCAGUGUAAAUUAAUGUUUCACCAUUAAGCAUAAGGCAAGUGUUUAGUGUAAGAUAUGUUUUUAUAAAUAAUACUGGGAAAGCAUUCAUUAAGAGCAUUAAGAACACUUGGAGUUGGGUUGACAAGAGUGAGAAGUGGUAUGGAGACAAAGCAGUGGAUUUGGAGACAGGAAUUAACAAAGCACAGAAGCGCCCUGAAAACUGAUCAGUAUUUAUUGAACACUCCUAGGCACUGGAGAUUCAGCAGUCGAUGAUGCAGUCAGAAGUGCAUACAAUUUAUUAAGUCAGGCAAUAAAUUAAAUGUGUAUUGUUAGAUGAUGAAAUGUGCUAAAGACAAAAAGUAGGGAAGGGAAUAGUUGCGUUAUCAGCCUUUUGUCAUAAUCAGAUAGUUGAGAUAUCUAAUUUUGUGAAGGAAGAUGUUUAUUUAACUCAUAGUUUUGGAGGUUCAAGUGCAAGAUCAGUAGCUCCACUGGUUUGGCUGUGGUGAGAGCAGCAGAUGGCGAUCACAGAGCACAUGGCGGGGAGGCCUCAUGUGGUGAGCCAAAAGCAGAGAGAAAGGGUAGGCCCAACUCAGGGUCUCCUAACAAGCCUCUUGUGAAACUCCAGAGAUUACAUAAGAACUGCCUUCCAAGGGCAGGCCCCCAGGAACCUAAAGCCCCCCUUGUAAAGGUUCUACCACCUCCCAGCAAUGGCGCCCUGGGAAAUGCGCCUUUAACGUGGGCCUUGAGGGCCACUCACGUUCAGACCGUAGCAGGAAUGUAGAGAAAGUUUAAGAAAAAGAGGGAAAUUUUGCAUGUCAUGUUCUUGAUUUAUCCACAGAAUAAUUUGGAUUGGGAAAGACAGUUGCUACCAUUUGAGCUAGAUUGUCCUUAUGAAUUUAUUAUAACUUCACUAAAGAAUGUACACCUUUAAGAAUCAGGAUUUUUCUGGUUGUAAUAAUAGCCAAGAAUCUGAUGAUUCAUAAGACUGAUUGUUCAGCCAAAGGAAUACAUUUCAGCAUUUAAUACUAAGUCGGUUGAUGUCAGUGCUUCUAAAAAUAAGAUCCAGUGCCCACCAGUAAGUACCUACCAAAGUCUUCUGUUACUUUUGUCUACAAGCAAGAAACACAAAAUCCAAAAACUCCUAAUUAUUUGUGUUCAACUUUGCACUGGAAAGAAAGAGGAGGCAGGUUUUUUGAGAUAUUUUCUUUACCAAGCCAUGUCCAAAAGUACUACUCUGAAAACCUCAUAAAUACUUCAGUGUGAAGAACCCUCCGCUUAGAACAAACAUUUUGUCUUCAGACAUCUUAGGGAAGUUUGGUAAAGAACAGCAGGAUGUCUGCUGUGUCUCUGGCUGACCCCACAAAGCCAGCUGUCGAUGACCACUUCCGCGGCGUGGUGCUGGAGCCCAGCGGGGCCCCUGCGGAGCGCGCGGGCAGCCCUGGCGCCGCGUCGGACCGGAGCGUGGACUACAGCAGGUCGCAGUGCUCCUGCGGCAGCCUGGGCUCCCACUGCGACUACUCCGAGGACUUCCUCUCCGAGUGCUCCGAGGCAGCCAAGAGGAGAAACCAUUUAGAGCAGCCUGCGGCCAAAGGAAAGAAGGAGGAGAAGAAGAAGUGCAACGCCUGCAAAAGCUCCCAGCCUCGAGGUGACAGGUGGCCUUGUUACAGAGCACAGCAGUACCUGCAUUUCACUGGCUUCUCGCCUUUCAUCGCCACUGAAGAAUCCAGGUUUGAACCGGCAAUGAAAAGUAAAUGCGUGGCUCAGCACCCCAGGAGGAUGUCCCCCAAGUGCGGCCAGAAGGAAAUCUCAAUUGAAAAAAAGCACACCUGGAAUGCUUCAUUUUUAAAUUCUCAAAUCAAUAUGAUUACCCAGAGAAGGGAUGCUAUGGUUCAUCGCAUAUUCUCAGCAAGGAUUCAUAAGUUCAAGGAACUAAAAAAUGAAUUAGCUGAUGUACAUCGUAAAUUGGAAGCCAUCGUCAUAGAGAACCAAUUUUUGAAACAACUGCAGCUUAGGCACUUGAAGGCUCUAGGAAAGUACGAGAAUUCACAGAUCAACCUGCCUCAAAUCAUGCUUAAACACCAGAAUGAAGUGAGGACCUUACGGCGGCUGCUUAGGAAAUCCCAGGAAAAGGAGAGAGCCGUGUCUAGGAAGCUGCGAGAGACGGACAGCGAGCUACUGAAGGUGAAGGACGCCCUGCAGGCGCUGCAGAGGCUCAACGAAGACAGAAACCUGGCCGAGAGGGAAGAACUCACGCAGAGGCUGUCGGUUCUCACAUCGAAAAUGGAGGCCAAUGACAAAAAAAUACAGAGCUUGGAGAAACAGCUGAGGUUGAACAACAGAGCCUUUAGUCGGCAGUUAGCCACUGAAAACCGGAAGACCUUAACGGCCCAGACAGCCACCAAGAGUCUGGAGAUGGAAGUAAAGCGCCUUCAACAAAAGCUCAAGGAGAAGGAUCGUGAGCUUGAAAUUAGAAACAUCUAUACUAAUCGAAUUCUUAAAAAUCUGCUUGAUAAAGAUGAGUAUCCAAAAGUUUCUUCAACAAAAUCAGUACAAGCAGACAAAAAAAGUUUGCCAUCUACUAGUGUGAGACACCAGGAAACCCAAAAAUCAGCAGAUGUCCCAUCCCUAACAACCAAGGAUAAAAAGACAACAAGAAACAUUGGCCAUAAAGAAAAAACAACUGUAAUAAAUUAUGAAAUUUCACACAGUAUCAGUAAACUCCUAAACCAAGAAGAUUCUAAGAGAAAAUACGAAGAUCUACCAAAGAAAGAGGAACAUUUGGAACUACAAGCAGCUCUGGAGAAUUCUGGAAGACAGAAAAAGGAGGAUCAAGACAAGGAGAUCAUUUUAAUGAAAGACAAGCAAGAACUAUCACCCCAAAGAAUUCAGCUAAUUCAUCCCGAAACAGAAGGCAGCCCUGGAGACGCCGCAGUAAAGGAAAACUGUAAACGCAGCGUGCAGGUGCACGACGUGGACGAGGUGCCCGGGGGACACGCGGCCCCCAACGCCAAGGUGCCCUUGAGACACAGAAAGCGUUACUCAUUCACCGAAGCAACUGAAAACCUGCAUCAUGGCCUUCCCACCACGGGCGGGGUGGCCAACUCGGGCGGCACGAGGCGCCACCUUGGCGCGAGCCGAUGGCGCAGCCACACGGAGGAGAUGAGGCUGGAGCACCCUGGGGGGGGGUAUGAGCCCUCCUUCGGCAAGGCUUCCAGAACAAAGGCCAGAGACGCGGCUUUCAGGGACAAGAAAAGCAGUCUCAUGGAAGAACUCUUUGGAUCGGGCUACAUCUUUAAAAGUGACCAGGCGGGCGCUGUUGUCCCGAGCGCAGCUGAGGAGACCCCGAAGAGCAAGAAGAUGCCCCAGCCCCCUCCCAGCCAGGCCUCCGCCAACAAUGCCUUUGGAGAUUCUAGAGUAACGGUGGCGACUUCUGUGACGACUUCUGUGACGUCAUCUUCACCUGCAGAGGAGAAAAGAAAGAUAAUCAUUUAAAUAGAAUCACUAUGCUAAUACACCCGGUUUGAUACACUACUCACGUGCCUCUGCGCUUGUGAUUUUCAGUGGGAGACGGGGUUGUGUGUGGAUGUGCUAGCACUUAAACUGACUUCGGAGAAUCAAGGUCUUAUUGCUAAUCUAGUUCUCAAACCCACUGUAGGUUGCUCACUGGUAUUUUACUUUAUUGUUUUGGAGAAAGCUGUGGGGCCAUCGCCGGGCUCACCCUCAACUUCCGAAGCACCGGUUCCUGCUGAUGGACAUCAGGGCAGGCCCUGGUCUGCACCUGCCCCUCUCCGGCCUCCUACUUCCAGCGGGCGGUUUUCUCCUCGAGGCCGCUCACUGCUGGGCUGCUGGCAAUCACGGCCCGGCUGGCGGCAAAGCCUCGGGUGAUGGUUUUCUCUCCAGAUGCAGAUCCUGACCUCACCCGCUCUCUCACAUCUCACUCUGCUGAGCCUCGGCCAGGGCAGAGAAUCCAGCGGUCGCAUUUCAAAUACGAAUGUACAUCUUUUUUUUUCCUGCAAGUAAGACUGCUUUAUUAGUUGGCACUAGUACUCCGUGGAUUCCAUGGCCAGUACUCAGGUCAGCCCAGACAUACACGUCCCGGGACAGGCUUCUGGCCUCUCAGUUAGGACGCCAGUCAGUAUGCCCAGCUCCGACACAGAGCACCCGGGUUCAAUUCCAAGCUGCAGGUCCUGAUCCCAGCCGUGGCUGUGCGGGCGACACAGCUCCUGCCACCCACGUGGGAGGUCUGGACUGAGAGCCCGGCCCUGGUGGGCAUCAGGGGAACGAACUAGCAGAUGGGAGUCGGUGUGCUCUCAUUCUCAGUUUUAACAUUUCUAUCAGCAGCAGUUUGCUGUGCCUUGAAAACAUUCCCUUGGAAAGAUCAGUCACUACCUGAAGCCAAGUGCAGCGAUUUCCAAGCUUGGUUUUAGGAACAUCAUUCCUGGGUAUCCUCUAACUUAGCUAAACCUGCUUCUAUUGGUGACACCUUCCUCACGUACACCCAAGAUUUGGUAUUUUUUAAACUGGGAUUUAUUGCAUACUUGUUCCUCGACUGUUUUUCUGUUAAUCUUGUUGUGAAAAAAAAUAAAAGCAUAUCAGUGUAGUUAA